AUGACUACUUCAAAUCCACAUCCAAUCCCAAAUCGCUGUCAGAUAAACAUCUUCAAAUACCAAUGUCAGCACAAGGGUCAAGAAUCGGGUGCGCGAUGUACAUUAGAUGGCUCGAAUGGGCAUUGUAUUCCUCAGGUGGUUUAUACAGGGAAUGUGAAAGGGGAAGUUUGUGAGGAGUGUAGGAAUUUGCCUCGGAAUUUGAUUGAGGGGCAGAGUGAGGGGGAGCGUGAGGGGCACGGUGGUAACGAUAAGGGGUAUCAGGCGAGAUGCGGGGUGAAGAAGGUGUACCGGUAUGCAGGUAUUGGAAAGAACACUAGGGUUUUGUGUCGCUUCGGUCGGAGUCGCCAAACGAGAAAUAACGCUAGGAGAAUUAAUAUUGGAAGAAAGAUUGCUGAGAGCAGGGGAGCUAGUGGCAAGCACACCAAAACUCAGCAAAUCAGAUUCAAGCAUGCUAGAAGUAACGCGAGUCACUGGGAGAAACAAGAUGAGAAUGAAGGAAUCAGACAGGAUGGCGAGGGUACAAUUGUUAUUGUCGAAGAUGAAUAUCGGUGA